CGUUGAACCAUCGCACUCCUCGCGCAGAAAGUGAGAAUCAUUCGAUCACCGCGAGUUUUGAUCGCGCCAAUCGCGUACAGUGUUCUGUACACUUCGUGACAAGUUAUCUAGAAUGCAACAUUCGCUUUAUUGUUACCGGAGUUCCUUCGACUUCCAAACAUAAUUCGAAUGCACCAAACACAGCCGCAGAAGAUAUCGGCAAUAUCAGUGUGACAUUGUGUAGAGGCGGCGUAGCGACGUGGGUGUUUUCUGCGAGGUAUAUUAUAUCGUGCAAAUCGGUGAUGCUGCCGUGGCAUGUAGAAUGCUUCAACGCCCGAUUGGGGAAGGCGAAAGCUUUCGAGAGGUUCGAGCUGUUCGACAGAGAUGCCGUCACGCUAUCUCCCUCGUCUUCUGGACAGGAAAUUCGUUUGAGUCCUGGCACUGCCGUAAUCGUCACUGGAUACGUACCCUUCAAUGCGAUUAGAUUUUCGGUGAAUCUAUCGUGCAAUUCAUCUGCGGAUAAUGUGGCUCUACAUUUCAAUCCACGAUUGCAGAGGGGCUACGUAGUCAGGAACUCAAAGCUGCGAAAUCAGUGGCAAGAAGAAGAAAGAUGUUCGUCUUCCGGUCGGAGCGGAUUUCUGUUUCACCGAGAUACUUACUUUCACCUAAUGAUAUUUUGCACCCCGAACGAAUACCAGAUAGCCGUUGACGGUGAGCAUUUUUGCUCGUUCGCAUAUCGAAUCCCCUUAGCUGCUGUGACGGAACUUCAGGUUCAGGGAGAUGUCGAAGAUGUCAGAACCAGGGUAACGACCUUCAAAGAAUACCCAGACUAUAAAAAUUACCCGCCGAAAUACAACCUCGAAGUUUUUACUGACAAACCGUUGAAUAACAAAUUGGAUAUUCCGGUCACCGUUUCCAUUCCGGAAGGCAUCAGAGUCGGGAGUCGCAUAUCCGUCAAGGGGCGACUAAAGCUGCUUCCCCACUCAUUUUACCUCAAUUUGCAAAAAGGGCGAACGAUAUAUCCUCAUCCGGAAAUCGGGCUUCACUUGAACCCGCGGUUUCUCUUCGGUAGCGCGGAGCCAUGCGUUGUUAUGAAUUGUUGGCAGAACGGAAGCUGGGAACACGAAGAACGACACGAAGGCGUUCUGUCUUGGGGACCAGGUCGAGAAUUCGUGUUAACCUUGGCCUGCGAGUACGAAGCUUAUACUAUAUGGUUGGGGAGCAAGAUGAUCGGCGAAUUCAUACAUAGAGUUUCCCUCGAGAGUAUCGACACCAUCAAGAUCUGCGGUGACGUCGUCAUAUACGAACUCUGCGUCACGCACGCACCCUAGAGUCUAUCGCAUGGUAGAUUAGAUACAACGAUUCCUUUUGCCAAAGAAGCUUUACCUAUUAAUUAAGAUAGCAAGUCCAUUAAUCAAACUUUUUAACCAUCCGGCAUUUUGACUCUGGGUAUUUACAUAUAUAUAGGUUCGUUUUCACGUACCUUCGACGGGCUCAUUUAAAUAGAUUUUGCUCCGUUCAAAACACUCGAAUUCAUUCCAUCAUAUCUAACUCAGAAUGGUUAGAUUAUAAGAAGAAACUCAAACCGAAAAUAUUCAUGAAAGUGACAAUUGAGGUAAUCUAUUUAGUAAUGUGAAAAAAAAAAAAAAAAAACAAACGAGCUGACAAUACACAAGAUAGAAGUAUAAUUCUUCACCGACCGUUCAAAGAGUAAAUAAUUAUUUUAUUUUCUUUUUCUUGUUUUUUUUUUUUAAUUCAUGUCAAGUUGAUACAAGUUUCUAAUCUCCAUAAUUGGAUGGAGUAUUUUUUUAUGUAUUAUAUUUUUUCAUUUCUAUAUUCUGCGAAUAGCUGUCGGUGAAUUGUUUAUUUCAAUAUUGCAGAUUUGAUCGCUCAUUUUUACAUACCAAAA